AUUCGCAAGCCGGCGAGACAGCGGAUGCACGCGCGCGGACGCAGUAACUUCGCCGGGGUCGGAAAAAAACGCAUCGAUAUUUUCGUUGUUAACUGAUUUAAUCGAUAUUUUUUUUCAUGCUUUGCUCCCGCGGGUUGUUUUAAUUAUUUGGACUUUGGCACUUGCAAAUAAUUCACAGCUUUACCUUCUAUUCCAGCAGUAAAGAAGUGAGAGGAGAGCGAUCAUCACCAUCCAGUCUCUCUCAGUGACUCAGUGCUACACCCAGAAACAUGUCGGAAUACAGCUCUUUGCUGAGCGACCUGUGCGAGAACAUCACUAACGAGGAUCUGGAGCAGCUGAAAUCGGCCUGCAAGGAGGACAUCCCUGAAGACCAGAGCAACUCCAUCACCUCGUCCAAAGAGUGGUUCAGUUACCUGGAAAAAAAUGAUAAGCUAGCUCAGGAUAACCUCUCCUACAUUGAGCACAUCUUUGAAAUCUCACGACGGCCUGAUCUUUUGACACGGGUCAUUGAGUACCGUACAACAGUGCUGAAGAUCUCAGAAGAUGAUGAAAUUGACACUAAACUCACACGGAUCCCAUCAGCCAAGAAAUACAAGGAUAUAAUUCGCCAGCCUUCAGAAGAUGAGAUUAUCAAGUUGGCUCCUCCCCCUAAGAAAGUCUGAGCUUGAAGUUUGUGACCUUUCUUCUUUGUCCAUGGCACUCCACCUUGUCAAAUCAUCUUCAGCUCUCAUCUCUAAACCCCGCAUUGUCCCACUUGCUCACCAGAAGCCAUCACCCAAACAACUAAACAGCCAAUUGAAUUGGCAA